UCACGGGUGGAUUUCUGGAUGUAUGUUCAUGGAAUGCCUAGGUGAAAAUCUUAAACCCCUGUCAACUUCUUCUGGAUCACACAACUAUAAGAUCAUCAUGGCAUGCAAUGUCACAUCGUCAAAAAUGCAAGACAUUAUUUCAAAAAGUAUCCUUAUCGACCAAGGACCUCCUGAACGGUAUGAACUAGUAACAAAGAAACAGAGUCUGGACCAGGAUGAUAAACUCAGAAGAUGGACCUUUGGAGAGAGAGAUCCCACCAAGGUCAACAGAACCAUUCUGAUGGUGGGAGAAACAGGCACAGGGAAGUCAACUCUGAUCAAUGCCAUGGUCAAUUAUGUCCUGGGCGUAAAUCAGGAGGAAAAAGUCUGGUUUGAGAUUGUGGAGGAGGAAAAAGAGGAGGAAAAAAGAAGUCAGACUGAAACUCAAACUACAGGGGUCACUGUUUAUGAUAUCUUUGGGUUUGAGGACGGGCGAGUCCCCUACUCUCUCACCAUCAUCGACACUCCUGGGUAUGGAGGCACCAGAGGGAUUCAAGUCGACCAACUGAUCUCUGAAAAAUUGUUGGAGUUGUUUAGAUCUGAAUGUGGAGUCCAUCUAAUUGAUGCUGUAUGUUUAGUGAUGAAGGCAAGUGCAAAUAUACUCACCUUUGAACAGAAGUACAUAUUUGAUGCAGUUUUGUCUUUAUUUGGCAAAGACGUGAAGAAGACCAUUGUGGCCCUCAUUACACACUCAGAUGGUUUGGAACCUACCAAUGCUCUGCAGGCCUUAAAAUAUUCUCAAGUCCCCUGUGCAAAAGAUGACAGCGAUCAAUACCUUUAUUUCCUAUUCAACAACUCUCAAAGAAAGAGUGUUACCUCAGCAAAAGCAACUCGGGCCAAGAAAGAAGAACUUAUCUUGAAGACUUUAUGGGACCGAUCAGAAGAGGGCAUGAAGGAUUUCACAGAAUUCCUGGGUGGAAAAAUACCUCAAAAUGUAAAGAUGAUUGAAGGCGUUCUGAGAGUGCGCAAACAACUGGAGGCGUGUGUCAGCAAUGUGCGCAAUCGGAUCCACAUGAUUGAUCUGAAACAGGAUGAAAUCAAGCAGACUGAAAGAGCCCUGGAGAAUCACAAGAAAUACAUGGAGGAAAGCAAGGACUUUUCUUAUGAAGUUGAAGAGAAAUAUAAAGGAAAGGAUCCUACAAAACAAGGGGGGGCUACCACCUGCACAGUGUGUGAGGAGAACUGUCACUAUCCAGGCUGCUGGUGGGUCAAAGAUCUCUCAUGGUGCCAUAAGAUGAAGAACUACCACUGCACUGUGUGUACUGGUAAAUGUCACUACACCAAGCAUGUCAAAGAAAAUACAAUGUAUGUUCUCAAGACCAGGAAGGUUACAAGGACAUAUGAAGAUUUGAAAAAGAAGUAUGAAAUCAAUGAGAAAGCAGCUGAGGAGAAAGUGCAUGUGAUCAGCAGACUUCAGUCAGAGUUGGAGCAGUUCACACUACAGAAGGCCAAACUGGUGGAGGAAUCCUACCAGUGUGUCAUGAACCUGGAAGAGAAAGCCCUAAAGGCCGUCUCACUGUCCACUGCUCAGCAUCUGGACUUCCUGAUUGACAAGAUGAAGGAGACAGGAAACACAGAGAAGGUUCAGAAACUGGAGGAGAUGAAGAAGAGAGCUGAGGAACACAAGGGAGCUUUAGAUUACUUUAAAGCUGGUGUGAGUGAAGGGUGGAAUAGUUCCUGGGGAAAGUAAAACUGAGACAUAUAGUAAAGAAAAAACAUUAUGUGGAAAAAACACAUGAACAUAGAAUAGAAAAUAGAUAUUUGGGGGAAUGAAAGCUGUUCUUCUUAAUCCACUUUCUCUUCAAGAAAUACUGUACAUUUAAAGUUAACCAAAUAAUAUGUUGUAUGAGAUUAAUAUAGAUGGACCAUAUUUAUCUUUUAAUUUCACCAAUGAUAUGUUUUGUUUGUUAAUCAUAACCUCAGAUGAUAAAUAAUUGCCCAUAUUAAUAAAACACUUUUGUCAAUAGCUUGUAUAAAUGACAUUCUUUGUAAAUUCAUUUUAGUAAAGACAAAAAAAAGUGUCACUGAAAUCUCAUUGUGUUUAGAAUGUAGGUUAAUGAUCUCUCAUCAUGUAGUGUGACAAAGAACAACCACUGCACUGUGUGCAAAGACAAAUGUCAAUACGAAAAGCAGGUCAAAGAACACAAAAUGUAUGUUACCAAGACCAGACCGAUUCUCAGGACAUGAGGAUUUGAAAAAGAAGUAUGAAAUCAAUAUGAAAGCAGCUGGGAAGAAAGAGACUCUGAUCAGCAGACUUACAUUUACAUUUUAGUCAAUUAGCAGAAGCUCUUAUCCAGAGCAACUUAU